CUCCAAUCCUUAACCCUAACUAUUUGUAUUGGCCCAAAACCAAAAUACUCGAAAAAUAAAAAUAAAAACAAAAAUAAAAAUUCCGAACCCUAAGUCCCUAACUCAUCGCCCAAACCGCUGCGCUCUCUCCCCUCUGGGCCUCUGAUUCGCCUUAAUCGUUGAACACAAUUGCGUCAAAUUCUUGCAUUUCAAUCCAGAAACCCAAAAGCGAACGCACUCUUGAGAUCGACAGCGAUCACCGACUAGAGGAUUUAUUGUGUUUGCUUUGCUUUUCAAUUUGAAGGAGAUGUCUCCAGCAUCGUCCAGAUCCAAAUCAAAGGACAAGAAGGCUGGCAAAGAAGCCCAGACACCUUCUUUAAAGCCUUCAACAGGGCCUGCUAAUGCAAGUAGUGGGAUCCCAGCUAGUGCAUACAAUCCACUUUUAGGAACAUUCCAUACCCUUGAAUUGUCACCAACAUCCUCUGCAUCACCUCUUCACAGUAAUAGUCGCUUCCGCAACAUAGAUGAAACAGAUGACCAUUCUGGGGGCUCGGUUGCUGCUGGAGCUGAGUAUGAUUCUGUUUCCAAUAAUGGUAGCUGGUCAGGUGAGUCGGAAGACCAUAAAGACAAGGCAUCUAAUCCUCCUACCAAGCAGGAAGCAGUACCGGGAGCUGACAAUGACAAGCGAGAAAAAAUCCGUCAGAAGAAUGAAAGGAAGCAUCAGCGACAGAAAGAGCGGCGAGCUCAAGAGUUGCAUGAACGAUGUAGUGGUUAUCUCAUGUCAAGAAAGCUAGAAGCACUUGCCCAACAGCUUGUGGCAAUGGGAUUUUCACAAGAGCGGGCAACCAUGGCUCUCAUCCUGAAUGAAGGUAGAGUAGAGGAAUCAGUAGCAUGGCUUUUUGAAGGUGGUGAAGAUGCAGAUAAGCCAAGGGAUCAAAACUUUGGUGGGGGUAAUUUGAAAAUUGACAUAUCAGAAGAACUUGCUCAGAUUGCUGAUAUGGAAGCAAGGUUCAAGUGCUCAAAACAGGAGGUUGAAAGAGCUAUUGUAGCCUGUGAGGGUGAUCUUCAGAAGGCUGCUGAAAGCUUAAGAGCAUCAAAGCAAGAUCCACCUUCUGUAUCACCUAAGCCGGAAGAAACUGGUGAUCCUCCAACUGGUACUAAUGGCAAGCUUCCAGUUUCUGUUAGUCAGAACUUGAGGCCGCAAAUAAAACCAAAUCCUCUUCCUACUAUACAACAAAGAAGGGAUGAUAAGGAAUUUAACUAUACAAAACAAGCAGCUGCAGUUGGAGGGUCUAUAGAAACUACAAGUAAAACCCUGCAGCCUCUGAAGAGAGGACAGGCAAAGAUGGAGUGGGCAAAACCCCAACAGAUACCAGUUCCUGCUGAGAGAAGGUGGUCAAAUUCUGCAUCGAAUCCUUCAGUUUCAUAUUCGUUGGCAUCACCUUUACAGGUCUCAUCUCCACCAGUCAAGACGGAAACUCGUUAUGUAGCUGUGGGGGGCGACUUAAAGAACCUUCAGCCUGGAACUGUGAGGGAACCCAUUAUUAUGAUGCAGCGUCCUCAGUCUGUCAAUACAAAGCAAUUGGUAUCCGCUACCACUAGUAUGAGUUCAUCGCCUCCUGGAUCCGCUACCAAUUGGUAUCCUUCUUCUAGUGUUGAAAUGAUGAGGUCCAGUGGUUUUUUGCCCCACAUUCCUAGCAAUUUGAGUUCAAAUCAGAUGUACCAUCAGUUUCAGUAUCAACAACAGCAGCAGCUUGUUCCUGGAAGCAGCCCAGCUGAUCCCACUGGAACAAGCCGAGGGAAUAACAUAUGGAGUAGAGCAGGUGCAUCUCCAACACUUGCUGCUGCUUCCUCCCUUGGACUCUUCUCAGGGUUGGGCUCAGCUGGCUCAUCAGGGGCAUCUGCUCCGGCAGACUGGAAUGCUGGUGGCGGCUCAUGUGGACAUAUAGAUUACACCAACAUUGACUGGAGUUUGGAUAGAGGUCUGUCUUCGCCAAGGCCCAACGGGUUGUGGACAGGACUCCCUUCUAUCAUGAAAAGCAAUAUCAACUUCUAUGAUCCAAAACCUGCUGGGUUGGGUGGUCAGCCUGGAAUCAGAACGGCAUCCUCAAACAUGAAUGUUGUUUCCUUUGUGGGACUGCAGGAUGGAGCUGCUAAUGGUGAAGCAUCAGCUGCGGGUUCUCGAGAUUGGACUUCCCCAUUCGAAGGAGAGGAUCUUUUUAGCGCACCCAGACAGUUUGUUUCUUCUUCUUCCCGUUAGGUGAGAGGAAAGUAUUUCAAUGAAUAAAAUUUAAAAAAAAAAGAACAAAAAAAAAUUGUGCGUGGAUUUGAUGUUGGUGUUGAUGCUACAGUGUUAAUUCUUGGUGGAUAACCUUUUAGUAGAAAAGCAUCCCAGAGUCCUUUGCUUGAUC